CCUGCAGAAGCUUCAUUUCACUCGUACUCCACCUCCUGCACACACACAUACACAAACACACACUCCGAUCCCGAACCUUCCACAAGCUCCGGCCGGCGCCGCUACCCAGAGCCACGAUGCAGCUCUUCCUGCUGGGCUGCGGCCUGCUGCUGUUCGCCCGUCAGGCUCAGGCGCAGAACAGCCGGGUCAACUGCCGGCCGCUGACCAGCAGCUUCUGCCAGGGCCUGGGCUACACCACCUCGCCGCACCCCGGCGGCGCUCCGGGCUACAACCUGCCGCAGGUCGGCCAGAUCAUCGAGACCCGGUGCUCGCCCCACGUGGCCACGCUCCUGUGCCGCGUGGCGGCGCCCGAGUGCGGCUCGGACGACGACAGCCGGCUGAAGCCCUGCAGGGCGCUCUGCAACAAGGUCAAGGCGGACUGCGACGGCGUCGUCAAGUCCCGGCGGCUCACCUGGCCCGCCAAGCUCCGCUGCGAGACUCUGCCGGAGUCCAACUGUGUGCAGGGUCCGUCCAGCGCCCCGACUCAGGCCGCCCCGGGAACCUGCCAGCCCAUCACCAGCUCCAUCUGCAAGAGCCAGCCGUACACCGAGACCAUCAUGCCCAACUUCCUGGGCCAGCUGCUCCAGAGCGACGCGGAGCUGACGCUGCAGACCUUCAUCCCGCUCAUAACCGUCGGCUGCUACCCGCAGCUCAAGCCCUUCCUCUGCUCCAUCUACAUCCCCAAAUGCGUGUUUGGCCGAGCGCGGCCGCCCUGCAGGACGCAGUGCGAGGAGGCGCGCUCCAGCUGCGAGAACAUCUUGAACUCCCUCGGCUUCCCGUGGCCCGAGGCCCUCAACUGCGACAAGCUCACCACCGAGUCCUGCGAGCCGCCUCCAGACAGUCUCCUGCCGGAGUCGUCGUCGUCGUGCCAGCCGAUCAGCCUCCCUCUCUGCAGAGACCUCCCCUACACGCACACCGUGAUGCCCAACAUGCUCGGCCACACCAACCAGGAAGACGCGGGCUUGGAGGUGCACCAGUUCUACCCUAUGGUCAAGGUGAACUGCUCCCCUCACAUGAAGAGCUUCCUGUGCUCCGUCUACACCCCGGCGUGCGUGGCGGGGAUUGCUCAGCCACCCUGCAGGACGCUGUGCGAGCGGGCCAGGAGCGGCUGCGAAAGCCUCAUGAACAAGUUCGGCUUCCACUGGCCCGAAUCCCUGAGGUGUGAGAGAUUUUCCACGGACUCCUGCGAACACUACGGCGUGAGCAGCAGCGGCGGGAUGUGCGAGCCCAUCACCAUCCCGCUGUGCCAGGGCCUGUCCUACAACCAGACCAUCGUGCCCAACCUGCUGGGCCACACCAGCCAGCGCGAGGCCGUCUCGAAGAUGUCCUUCUUCAACUCGCUGGUGCAGGCCGUGUGCUCGGCCGACAUCCGCCGCUUCCUGUGCCGGGUGUACGCGCCGCAGUGCGUGUCAGGCACGGUGCAGUGGCCCUGCAGGUCCUUCUGCGAGCGCGCCAGGCGCGACUGCGAGACCCACAUGUCCAGCUUCGGCGUGUCGUGGCCCAGCGAGCUGCAGUGCUCCUCCUUCCCCGACUCCAUGUGCAUCCUGGACGACAGUCGAGCUGAGAUGCUGCGAGCCGAAGACAUUCUCUCUAAACUCAACGCCGGGGGCUACUCAGUGCGAGGAAAAUCCUUGACCAUGAAGUCUGCCCGCCUGCUGCUGACGCUCAUGGACGCAGACAACACCCAGGACCUGGACGCCGUGGAGUUCUUCAAACUGGAGCACUUCGUGGCCAAGAUCCGACGGGAAUACGUGGAGAGCUACGAGAGCCGGAAUCCUCCGUCCGUCACCAUCAACCAGCUGAAAAACACCGUGUCCAGCCGAGGAUUCCAUCUGGACGAUCAGACCUUCGGAGUUCUGUGGCAGAAUUACAAAUCUGAGGACGGGAUUGAGUACGACAGCUACGUGGCCGUGCUGACCAAACUGCAGAUCCUCCUGGAGCGUUUCCAGGCUCACAUGCUGACCAAGCUGCCCUGCGACUGCGAGAUCGCCAACUUCUCCCUGAAGCAGUUCAUGAGAUCAGUUCUAGACUGAGGAUCACCGGACCAGAAGGACCAGAAGGACCAGAAGGACCAGAAGGACCAGAAGGACCCUGGAGAGUCUGUUCAAUGUCUGGAUCAAUUUGUGAAUCUAUCAUCUGAAUCUAAACUACAGAUGCACACAGACGGCACACAUGGAAACCUUUUAUUCCUGCACUUUUAAUCACAGCAAUACCAAUAGUACAUGAAUAUUUUCACUUCUGAACGUAAAAAUUAAAAAAAAAAAAAAAAAAAAAGGACAUAUAAGUUUGAUAGAUUGUUGAUUUAGAAAA